CCGCCCCGCCCCGCUCCGCUGGUUCCCGGAAGCGACCGCGUACGGGCGCUCUCAGGCGCGGGCGGGGGUCGUGUGCCUGGAGGAAGCCGCGGCACCCCCGGCGCCCGUCCAUGGCGCGGAGCCUUGGGAGCUGGCUGGGCGGCUGCUUGCUGGUGUCAGCAUUGGGAAUGGUACCACCUCCUGAAAAUGUCAAAAUGAAUUCUGUUAAUUUCAAGAACAUUCUACAGUGGGAGUCACCUGCUUUUGCCAAACGGAACCUGACUUUCACAGCUCAGUACCUAAGUUAUAGGAUAUUCCAAGAUAAAUGCACGAGUACUACCUUGACGGAAUGUGAUUUCUCAAGUCUUUCCAAGUAUGGUGACCACACCUUGAGAGUCAGGGCUGAAUUUGCAGAUGAGCAUUCAGACUGGGUAAACAUCACCUUCUGUCCUGUGGAUGACACCAUUAUUGGACCCCCUGGAAUGCAAGUAGAAGUACUUGCUGAUUCUUUACAUAUGCGUUUCUUAGCCCCUAAAAUUGAAAAUGAAUAUGAAACUUGGACUAUGAAGAAUGUGUAUAAUUCAUGGACUUAUAAUGUGCAAUAUUGGAAAAAUGGCACUGAUGAAAAGUUUCAACUAACUCCUCAGUAUGACUUUGAGGUCCUCAGAAACCUGGAGCCAUGGACAACUUAUUGUGUUCAAGUUCAAGGGUUUCUUCCUGAUCGGAACAAAACUGGGGAAUGGAGUGAGCCUGUCUGUGAGAAAACAACCAGUGACGAAACGGUCCCCUCCUGGAUGGUGGCCAUCAUCCUCAUGGCCUCGGUCUUCGUGGUCUGCCUGGCACUCCUUGGCUGCUUCGCCUUGCUGUGGUGCAUUUAUAAGAAGACAAAGUACACCUUCUCCCCUGGGAAUUCUCUUCCACAGCACCUGAAAGAGUUUUUGGGCCAUCCUCAUCAUAACACACUUCUGUUUUUCUCCUUUCCAUUCUCGGAUGAGAAUGAUGUUUUCGACAAGCUAAGUGUCAUUGCAGAAGACUCUGAGAGCAGCAAGCAGAAUCCUGAUGACAAUUGCAGCCUCGGGACCCCGCCUGGGCAGGGACCCCAGAGCUAGGCUCUGAGAAGGAAACACACUCGGCUGGGCACAGUGACGUGCUCCAUCUCACAUCUGCCUCAGUGAGGGAUCAGGGCGGAAAACGAGGGCCAAGACCUCCUAAGCCAGCCCCACAUCUGGAACUCCCAGACCCUGGACUUAUCUAAGCAACCAAAGAGCUACAUUUUAAAGGUUCGCUUGGCAAAAAUACUCCAUUUGGGGACUCACUGCCUUAUAAAGGCUCUCGCGAUGUUUUUAAAAGUUGGCCACUGAGAGUGUAAUUUUCAGCCCCUUAUAUCACUAAAAUAGGAUCGUUUUAAUUGUGAGAAACAGGGCUGAGCGCAGUGGCUCACGCCUGUAAUACCAGCACCUUGGGAGGUUGAGGCAGGCGAAUCACCUGAGGGCAGGAGUUCAAGACCAGUCUGGCCAACAUGGUGAAAGCCUGUCUCUACUAAAAAUGCAAAAAUUAGCUGGGCGUGAUGGCGCAUGCCUAUAAUCCCAGCUACUCAAGUGCCUGAGGCAGGAGAAUUGCAUGAAUCCGCGAGGAGGAGGAGGUCACAGUGAGCCAAGAUAGCGGCAAUGCACUCCAGCCUGGGUGAAAAAGUGAGGCUCCGUCUCAAAAAAAAAAAAGAAAAAAAUUGUGAGAAACAGAAAUAUUUAAAAAUUUUUAAAUGAGGAAUAAGAAUGGAGAUGUUGUAACAUUCUACCAGAUUAUGGAUAGAUUGAUCUGAAAAUCAACCUCAAUUCAAGGGUGGUCAGCUCAAUGCUUUCUAGAACACAGACUUUUGGAUUCUUUGGGGUACUUUGACUGAAUUUAUUUUUCUACCUAUAUAUGUUUUAUAUGCUGCUGGUGCUCCAUUAAAGUGUUACUCUGUGUGG